ACGCAGCUCGCGUGAAAAGUCCAGCCUUUCGUGUCAGCUUUCAUACAGCACAGUACGUGCGUGCGAAUUGUAACUCUGCCAUCGGGGUGAUUUGCAUCUUUGAAAGUAUUUCCUGGUCCAUGGGGAAAAGUGACCAUUUUUCAUUUGAAGAAAGUUAUUAUUUAUGCAAAAGGUACUUGAAAAUAAGUCCACCGCAACGAGCCACAUCCCUCUCUCGCUCGUCGUGAUCUUACUGCGGUUUUUACUGCAACGUACUUUGAUGUACUGUACUACGGGGAACUGUAGUAAAGUGUAUGUGGUAUUUAAAAAGCACCAAAGCUCCCCGAAAGACAAGCAGCAACAACAGGGAUAUGCUACAGCCUUACACACAGGUAUCAGGUCCACAGUGUGUUUGACAGUGUGGAGCACAGGAGGGUGUCCGCGGCCCAAUGAAAGCGGAGGUCGAGAAUGCUGGGAAUGUUGAGUCAGGCUGGCAGCCAGUGAAGCCGUGAUGGAGAAGAACUGACAUUAUAAAAGGAUCUGAACUGAAGGCCCCCCCAAAUCAGCCCCUUGCAAGAAUGAACUAAGCAGCUAUCUGACAGGACCUGGGGACCGAGAACACUUCUGUAAACUGCACGCUUCAGUCGCGAGUCCCACUUUUGCGCUUGAGGAGCCUCGAUCCCGGGAGGACCGAUCAUGUACGGGAGCUCGAGAACGGUCGGGCAUUUGGAGGGCAGCCCCUCUCGGUCACCUCGCUUGCCGAGGUCCCCCAGGCUGGGACACCGGCGGACCAACAGUGGAGGGGGAGGGGGAGCGGGAAAGACGUUGUCGAUGGAGAACAUCCAGUCGCUCAACGCGGCCUACGCCACCUCCGGCCCGAUGUACCUGAGUGACCACGAAGGGGUGGCGUCCACGACGUUCCCGAAGGGCACGAUGACGCUCGGGAGGGCGACCAGCAGGGCGACGUACGGCGGGAGGGUCACAGCCAUGGGCAGCAGCCCCAACAUCGCCUCGGCGGGCCUGCCGCACACCGAGAUCCUCUCCUACGGAGACCACGCCACACUCUCCUCGGGCUUGCACCACCACCAGGUCCCCUCCGCCCUCAGGCAGGUGCGGGACAGCACCAUGCUGGACCUGCAGGCCCAGCUCAAGGACCUGCAGAGGGAGAACGACCUGCUGCGCAAGGAGCUGGACAUCAAGGACAGCAAGCUGGGCUCCUCCAUGAACAGCAUCAAGACCUUCUGGAGCCCCGAGCUGAAGAAGGAGCGGGUGCUACGCAAAGAGGAAGCAGCCAGGAUGUCGGUCCUGAAGGAGCAGAUGAGGGUGACCCACGAGGAGAACCAGCCAUUGGAUGCAAGAAGAACUAAGAGGACUCGGAGGAUGGCGGAGGCCGAGUCCCAGGUCAACCACCUGGAGGUCAUCCUGGACCAGAAGGAGAAGGAAAACCUUCAUCUCCGGGAGGAACUGCACAGAAGAAACCAAGUUCAGCAGGAACCUGCAAAGACGAAGGCUCUUCAGACAGUCAUUGAAAUGAAGAGCACAGCCCCGCCUUUCUGUUUUGAUCCUGAUGUAAUAUGGCAGGACACCAAAAUUGCUUCACUCGAAAGAAAUAUAAGGGACCUUGAGGAUGAAAUCCAGAUGCUGAAGACAAAUGGCUUACUGAAUACAGAGGACAGGGAGGAAGAGAUUAAACAGAUGGAGGUCUACAAAAGCCAUUCAAAGUUUAUGAAAAAUAAGAUCGAUCAGCUAAAGCAGGAGCUGUCAAAGAAAGAGUCCGAACUCCUUGCCUUACAAACCAAGCUUGAGACGCUGACCAAUCAAAACUCCGACUGCAAGCAACACAUCGAGGUGCUCAAAGAGUCUCUUACUGCCAAAGAACAGCGAGCUGCCAUUCUGCAAACUGAGCGUGAUCACGGAGGGUAG